CCGGGGGGCGCGGCCGGGCAGCGGAACGGGCCGGGGCAGCGGGAGCAGCCAUGUCCUUCUGCUCCUUCCUGGGGGGAGAGGUGUUCAAGGAUCACUUCCAGCCGGGUAUUUACGUGUGUGCCAAGUGUGGCCAUGAGCUGUUCUCCAGCCGAGCCAAGUACGAGCACUCGUCACCGUGGCCAGCGUUCACCGAGACCCUGCGGGGGGACAGCGUGGCCAAGCGGGAGGAGCGCCCCGGGGCUCUGAAGGUGACGUGUGGCAAGUGUGGCAACGGGCUGGGCCACGAGUUCCUCAAUGAUGGACCCAAGAGGGGCCAGUCCCGCUUCUGAAUAUUCAGCAGCUCGCUGAAAUUCGUCCCCAAAGGUAAAGCUGACAACGACCUGAAGGAGAAGUAAGCGAGCUGCUGUGCCUGGCACUGCCCUGGCUGAUCCUGCCUUCACUCCUGCCUUCACACAGCAGGAGAACACAGGGAAGCUCCUGGAUUGAGUUUUCCCCUGAUUUCCUGCUCACGGUUCCCCCUUGAUUUCCCUGCCAAGCUUUCAUUCCCUGAUUUCCCUGUUUUCCCUGUUCCAGUUGCCCUCGAUUUCUCUGUCACGGUUCCCCCCCAUUUUCCCUGCUCCAGCUCCUCCUUGGGGCUGCUCCAGCUCCAUCCAAGGAGCUGCUGUGCCUGUGCUGAGCUCUGGGGAGGUUUUGCUGCUGGCUCCAGCCAAGGCAGGACAAUGUCCAGAGCCCAGGCAGGCGCUGAUGCAAUCCAGGCUCUGCUGGCACUCCCAGCAGUAACUCAGGAUUAGCUGAGGUCAGGGCUGGGUUAAUCCCUGGAGCUAUUCUGGGCUGGGAUCAUGGUAUGAACUGCCCUAUAUAAACCCUUCAGGGUGCUGGGGCAGGGAUGUUUUAUGGUCCCACUGAGCAGCAUCCAGGUGUUUUCCCCCCUGUGCCCACCUUGCCCAGGGCAGGGAUGGUUCCACAUCGGUUCCAUCCUCGACUCUGCCCCGGCCUUACACCUCACUGAGCACUGUGCAAUAAAUUCCAGGGGCACUCAGGCUCCUCCUGGCUGUGCCCUGCUGGGAAGGAGGCUGGGGUUAAGCUCACAGGCUGUGCUUGGCACUGCUGAGGCUCCAGGAAUUGCAUCUGCACUCCCCAGCGCUCCCAAGGGCUGCCACUCUGAUUCUCCUUAAUCCAACACCUCAUUUGUGGCCUUCCCUCCCUGUGCCAGGAGCCAAAUCCUCCUCUGGGAUGGACACACAAGGCUCUCCAAAGAGAGGAAAGGCUGUGGCUGACCCCUGGGCUUUGGGGACACAUUUGGGGCUUUUCUCUGCACGUGUUCUGCCUCAGCCCCACGGAUCCCAGGGCAGCAGGGGAGGUUUGCCAAGCCAGCCCAUUCCCUGGAGCUCACUGCUGGUCUUGUACCUCUCCAUGCUGACAAUAAAGCACUGAUUCACUGUG